AUGGCGCCCUAUGUGGAGGAGUUCGUCGAGGAGUCUCUAGCAGUUUCGUCCAAGGUGACGCCCAGCCUUGUCGCACCCGAACCUGAACAUUGCCCAGGCCCUGAAUCCGAGCAAGCUGGCCAAGGCGAUGCCUGUGCCGGUUGCCCAAACCAACAGAUCUGCGCCACCGCGCCCAAAGGCCCCGACCCCGACAUCCCAAUCAUCACCGAACGACUCUCCCAAAUACGACACAAGAUCCUAGUUCUCUCCGGAAAGGGAGGAGUCGGCAAAUCUACCUUCUCAACCCUCCUCGCGCACGCAUUCGCCGCCAACCCAGACUCCACCGUCGGCAUCAUGGACACCGAUAUCUGCGGGCCGUCGAUCCCCAAAAUGAUGGGCGUGGAGUCAGAGACCAUUCACAUUAGUAACGCCGGCUGGAGUCCCGUCUGGGUGACGGAUAAUCUGGGCGCGAUGAGUGUGCAGUUCAUGCUGCCCAACCGGGAUGAUGCGGUGAUCUGGCGCGGGCCCAAGAAGAACGGACUGAUCAAGCAAUUCCUCAAGGAUGUGGACUGGGGCGAGCUGGAUUAUCUGAUUGUCGAUACGCCUCCUGGGACCUCUGACGAGCAUUUGUCCGUCAAUUCUUUGCUGAAGGAGUCUGGCGUUGACGGUGCCGUGGUCGUGACUACCCCGCAGGAGGUCUCAUUGCUGGAUGUUCGCAAGGAGGUCGACUUCUGCCGCAAGGCCGGCAUUAAGGUAUUGGGCUUGGUAGAGAACAUGUCUGGAUUUGUCUGUCCUAACUGCACACACGAGUCGCAAAUAUUCCGAGCGACAACUGGCGGCGGUCGCCGGCUGGCAAAGAAAAUGGGCAUUCCUUUCCUAGGUGCUGUUCCUCUGGAUCCCCGCGUUGGCAUGGCGUGCGACUUUGGCGAGAGCUUUGUGGACAACUUCCCGGAUAGUCCCGCAUCCAAGGCAAUCAAGCGCGUCGUGCGCCUGGUGGGACAAGCGGUUGGGGAGAACCCGGAUGAUGUUCUCCCAGAAGAUACGACCGAUUAA